AUGUCUAUUAGACCACUGCCUCCGAUCCUUGAGAAAAUAGCACGUGAGGAGUUGAACGAGGAUCCAAAUAGACUGAAAGAUGAUUUACAAAGCAUUAAAGAUUGGCUUGCUAAGCAACCCCAUAUAAACGCACGAACAGAUGAUCAGUGGCUUGUAGCGUUUCUUCGAGGUUGCAAGUAUAGCUUAGAGAGAACUAAAGAAAAACUGGACAACUUCUAUACUGUUCGUUCAACUAUUCCAGAAAUGUACCGCAUAAAGCAUACUGAUCCAAAAUUUGAUGAAAUCCUUAGUCUGGGAGUUUUUCUUAUAUUACCCAAGACACCAGGACUACAUUCACGUCGAAUUAAUUUGAUGCGAAUGGGAAAAUAUGAUCCUAACAAAUACAGCAUUUUUGAUGUCAUGUGUGUUAACAAUGUCUUAAUGAAGAUUUUAAUCAUGGAUGAUGAUUACACGACAGUAGCAGGCGUUGAAGGAAUUGCCGAUUUCGAUGGAACUACUGUAGGCCAUUUUCUGCAAAUGACGCCAGUCACCAUGAAGAAAAUGGUUGCUUUAGGACAGGAUGCAGCGCCUUUACGAAUAAAAGGAAACCAUUACUUAAACACACCUGCAGGAUUUGAAACAGUGUUCAACGCGGUUAAAGGUCUUUUGAAUGAGAAAAAUAAGAACAGGCUUUACGUUCAUAAUAAGAACUAUGAAGCCUUAUAUGAACGAGUUCCAAAAGAAAUUUUACCAGCUGAAUACGGUGGAAAUGGUGGAACUAUAGAAGAAAUUGUGGAUUACUGGAAGAACAAAGUAAAGGAAUACAGUUCGUGGCUAGAGGAUGAUUGGAAGUAUGGAACCGAUGAAUCAAAGCGUCCUGGUAAACCAAAGACUGCUGAGGAUAUGUUCGGAUCGAUAUACAACCAGCGCACGCAAGCGACAGAAUUGAAAUAUAAAUUAAACACAAUGGUUCGCGAGUUAACACUAGAAUUAGCUGCAAUAGCAAAGGAUGAAUUGAACGAAAAUCCCCAAACAGUAUCUAGUGACUUACAACAUUUGAAGGAAUGGAUUUCAAAACAACCACAUUUAAGAGCAAGAACAGAUGAUCAAUGGCUGAUUGCACUGUUAAGAGGUUGUAAGUUCAGUCUAGAACGGGUAAAGAAAAAGAUAGAUUUAUAUUACACUUUGAGAAGCACAGCUCCAGACAUUACGUUGAGGAUUAAACCUACAGACCGGAAAUUUCUAGACUUCUUUAAACUAGGGACAUGUUUAAUACUACCAAAACCGAAAGACAAGCUGAUGCCACGGGUUGUCGUCAUCAGAGGCAGCUUAUAUAACAUCGCUACACACAGCGUUGCUGACGUCAUGUGUAUGUUGCAUUAUUUAGUACAGAUACUGGUUGUAGAAGACGACGUCGCUUCAGUGCUGGGUAUCAAACUCAUCAUAGAUUACGAAGGCGCAACAAUGAAUCACUUAGCGCAAGCUACUCCUUUGUUGAAGAAAAUGACUGCUGUGGCACAGGACUCAAUGCCGUUACGACUAAAAGGUAGCCAUCAUAUAAACUUACCUUCUGGCAUCGAAAAGAUCUUCACUUUGGUUUCAGGAUUUUUAAAUGAAAAAGCUAAACAAAGGUUAAAAAUACAUAAAUCUUAUGAAGAACUAAAGGAGCAUUUUCCUACAGAAAUAAUUCCCAAAGAUUACGGUGGAGCCGGCAAAACCUUUGCGGAGAUUACAGAAUAUUGGGUAUCGAAAAUAAAGGAAUAUCAGCCGUGGAUGAAAAUGGAAGAGGGAUUGGGAACUGACGAACUGAAACGUAUUGGCCCUCCAGUUACUGAAGACAUCAUGGGCGAAGGAUCCUUUAGACAACUGGCUAUAGACUAA